ACUCGUACUUAGAAUCUAUGCGAUCGAAAAAAGUAAAGAUUCCGUCGCAAACUGUAGAGAAAUAAUGACAAUUGAGUUAGUUAAUAGGAAAUUCGUUUGACGGCACUGUUAAUUUCGAUUCGAUUGUGAUUACUUUGUAACCGAUGUUGAGUAAAUUUCAAGUAUCGUGAUCGCGUGUAAUCAUAGCUAGCCGAAAAUCGUGGCGCUGCGUUAAGCGUGCGCUGACGCCAUUGUGUAUGCGUGAGGCGAGAACAGCCGAAAUGGAGGAAAGUCAAACAUCGGAAAGUGUCGCCGUGCUACCGGACAUGUCCGAACCGUUGACGAGCGAGACCGAGGAGGCGUCUGCCCUAACGACCGAGCACGAGGCGCAUCCCGUCGCCGUGACGGCGAGCGUCACUCCAGUAGCGGGUGUUCCUGGUGUUCCAGGAGUUGGUGUACCGGUUUCUUUACCCGUUGGUUCAAUCAUUGGUGUUGCGAACUCGACCAACGGGACGACCUUCAACGUCAUCACAUCGGAUCAACUACAGUUACCUGGUUCCGGGCAGUUCAAACAGAUGCUAUGCGUAGACAAUGGUUUUAUCUGUGAACCGCGUCAUGAUAAGGAUACAGAUCCAUUGCGUUGGAACGGAGAAUUAAAAGCAACCCACAUAGUAAUUCAAAAUAGCACAGAGGAACAAGAAUCUGAACAAAUUCAUGUAUCGACUGCUAAUGCACAACCAAUAUGCAGCUGGUCAGAAUCUGCAAAUUUAGCAGUGUUACCAGUUAGAUGUAAAAAUACGAAUGCAGAAUUGCAUAAAAGUCGAUUCGGGUCUGGAGGAAGAGGAAGAUGCAUCAAACUUGGACAAGAUUGGUAUACGCCGAGCGAAUUCGAAGCUCUUUGCGGAAGAGCAUCCAGUAAAGAUUGGAAGCGCAGUAUUCGAUUUGGCGGUAGAAGUUUACAGACGUUAAUCGACGAACAAAUUUUAAAGCCACACGCUACCUCUUGCACGUGCGCAGCGUGCUGCGACGACGAUAGUGCAACCGGUCCAGUAAGAUUAUUUACACCCUACAAACGCAGAAGAAGAGCCAGAGACACCUCCGACGGGGAAACGCCAUCCCGAAAGCUUAAAAGUGAUAACUCGCGGGAUGGUAGUAACAAUGACGAAAGUGACGGUGAAGUAGUCAUACCUGAUAAAGAAGUGUGGCCCCAGUUUGUUUCAGCAGAGGGUUUAGUCGUGCAACAACCGCACGAAGAUACCGUUGUCCAAACUGUACAUCAAACUGAAAAUGGACAAGGCGAUGAUAUAUUUAAAAAGCUCGAGGAGAUGUCCAAUAAAAUGUUAAAAUUAGCUUAUGAAUUUAGGCGUACCUUGGAUGAGGCUAAGGAAGUAAGUAGACAACAAAGAAGAGAACAGGCAUUAGUUGCUCAAUUAGGAGGUAGAGGAGAUGUUAUUGAAACUGUUGGAUUGCAACCAGCGUCGGAUUCUCAUAAUAAAAAGUGUGCCAACUGUAAUAGAGAAGCAUUUGCAGAAUGUUCUUUAUGCAGACGAACGCCGUAUUGUUCUACGUUUUGUCAGCGCAAGGAUUGGGCGGGUCAUCAAGUGGAAUGUGUAAGAGGUGCUGCUGAAACUGUAAUGCUGAUAGUAGAAAGUAGUAGCGGAGAUACUACUACGCUAGCAACCACCGCCGGGGACCAAUAGCUAGUAUUUCUCACGCCUAUUCACCAAAGGAAUAUAGAUACUGAACAAACUAACAUAGAUACUUCAACCCUGAAAGAAGAGACGAAGACUUAAGAAAAAUUUCUUUAUUGACCAAAGGGUCAAAAAAUAUUCUGUAUAUAUGGUAGUAAAUAUUUUGUAUAUACAUAUGUUGAUUGUACGUAAGUUUGCACGAAGAUUGACAUUUUUUAAAGCCAACAAAUAGUAUAAAAUAUUAAUGAAAAUUCAUCAACCAAAUAAGUAUAGAAGUAAAGAAUAAUGUGCGAAUGGCGUACUUGAGUGUGUGUUUAUGUGCGAAUACAUACAUUUAUUGUAUUCCACAUAAUGAAAUAUACUUGUAUAAAUA